AUGAAGAAGCACCGUAUCGAAUAUUCAAAGCGAGGCAGGUUCCAGGAAAAGUACUAUAUCGACCGGAUCGGAUUUUUUGACUCUCGAUCGUCAAGACCCAAUCGUUCUAGACUCGUUCUGCAUAUACUCGUAAUUGGCAAGUAUAUCGGCGUCAAUGUGCCAAAGCAAGAAGCUGGAGACUUGGGACACCAGAAGACUUUAAUUCAAUUCCACGGAUCCAAAAUUCAAGAAAAUCAGGGAUUUUCAGAUGACCCAUACAGCCUGGAAAUACUGUGGCACUCAGAAUUCAUUUAA